AUGUCGUCGGCGCCGGCGGACCGUCGCGCGUGGCUCGAGGGCGCGGUGCGUGCGCAGGCCGGCGAGGCCAGCGCUGCGCCGGGGCCAUCGACCGGGGCCUGGUCCAAGCGCCUACAGGGCGCUGGCGUACCAGAUCUCUCGGCCACUUGGCACGGCCUCCAGACGCUCUCGACGCAGCUCGGCGAACAACACACGGCGCUCGUCUCGAAGCUCUCUGCACAGAUGAGCGUCGCAGGCACAAUUGUUCCAGAAGCUGCGGCACAGGCACAGCAGCUGACACAGGACGCAAUGCCCCUCCGCCUCGCUCUGGAAAAGGCCGAAAAACGAUACGAGCAAAUGACCCCGGCGGCCGGCACGCCGGAAGCGCACGCACUCUCGGAGUUGCACUCUCUCUCGCAGGUAAAGCACCGCAUGCAGAGCGCGCGUGAUACCCUUCAUGCCGCCGAGUCCUGGUCGCUGGUCGAAGGCGAGGUCGACGGCCACCUCGCCGACGGUGACUGGGAAAAGGCGGCGCAGCGCCUCGCUGGCAUGGAGCACACGCUGGCCAACUUUGACGCAUCAAGCGAGUAUGUCGCUGCGCGGCGCACGCUCCUCGAGCGCCUCCUUGCUGCACUCGAUGAGGCAGUGGCCAAGGCGAUGCACAAGGCGGUUGAUGCGCAAGACGUCGACGGACUCAUCCGGUGCGCGCGUGUCUAUGCGAGCGUGCACCGUGCCGAGCAGUUUACCGUACACUAUACACGCGCACGCCGCGCUGCGACCCAGAAUGCGUGGCAAGCGGCACCGGUCGAGCAGCGCACCGGCGCAUUCCUCGGCGCGUUGGAGCAGCUCGCCGCCGACGAACGCCAGGUGGCGCCUCUCUUGUACCAAGAGCCCGAACGCGGGGUCGAGGCGGUGCUUGUCGCCGCGGUGGAUGCUGUGCCUUUGCACGAACACAUUGAUACCAUGGCACAACGCCCCGAAGCGCUCCCGGUCUUGGUCGAAUCCUACGUGCAAGCCUAUGCUGCAGUCAAGGCCAUCGACCAGGCGCGACUUGGCGCUGGAAGCGAAGCGCCGAUUGCCUCUGAUACGAUCCCGACACAUACCGCAUGGCCCGCGUGCCUGCUGGGCCUCUAUGUGCCUUAUAAGGUCUCGUACCGCACCCGCGAAGCGGCUUUUUUGCAGCAUGCCUUUGCGCAGCGGCAAGCUGCGUUCGAGGCACGCCGCGACCGCGCCUAUGUCCAGACGGCCGACGCUCGCCAAGGGUCCUGGGCGGCGUGUGUACAAGACAUGGCACAGUUGUGCUGCGACGAAAUCGACGCGUGCCGUGCGCUCUCGGACGCCGCGACGGAGCGCAUGCUCCGCCUUGCGGACGCGCGCGUAGAAGACGUGCUCGAGGCGGUCCAUACCGCCCUGUUGCCUCUGCUGCGCCACCGUAUCGUCUCGACACUCGAUCAGCUGCAGACACGGCAUGCACGGCACAUGCAGUCGCUUGCGCCCGAUGCAAACACGGUCCUAGCCGAGGACAUGGACCCAAUUCCCGAUUGGGACUUGGUGCACGCCGGCGUGCGGGUCAUGGAGCUGAACCCCUACCUGGAUACCCAGGUCAGUGCCUGGCACACGCACCUCCUCGAGCGCGUCACCGGUGCGCAGGAGGCGAGUGUGCGUGCCAAGAUGGCGUCGUUACCCGCACCACUCGAGGUCGCGCACUCGGCGCACGCUUUGGUGCUCGCCCAGCUCCUCGGCACCUUUCGCAUGCACCUCGAGGCGUACAGCGCCCAGGGAGCGUGGGCCUUGGUGGCGCCGCAAGAGCACCUUCCCGAAGUGCGCAUUCCCUCCUUUAGCAAGAGCCCUACCGAGGCAAUGGUCAAACUCGGCGAAGGCCUGCUCAAUCUCCCCCGCCUUCUCGAGUCGCUGGUCGAGCGGGAGCAGGCCGCGUUCGAGUACGCGGCCGACACGCUCCCCUUUGCCCACGACGAGGCGCCGGAAGUGCGUGUUCCCAGGACGCGUGCGCACCGUGCGCUGUCCGUCUCCCUCUUGACCCAGGAUGCGGCGGUGCAUGCUGAUAAUACCACUUAUACCGCGGAGCAAGUGCUGUCGCUGUGGCUGCGCUCGCUCACCCUCACGCUUCUCGCCGAGCUCCAAGCGGCGCUGCCUCGCAUGGCCAAGGACCCGCGCUGCGACUGUGCGCAGCUCGCGGCGGAUGUCGACUAUCUUGGGACGAUUGCAUCUGCGCUGAAUGCGUCGACGCCCGCGCUGCGCGAGUGGGCCGACGUCCUGGCGCUGACGCCUGCGGCGGCGCAGGCGCUGCCGAAAGAAAGCGCGCUGCGCACGUCUCGUGCGUUUCAACAAGUAUAUGCUAAAUAG